AUGCAAAGUAAUACAAACGAAACCAAUCCUUCUCUUUCAUCUUUAUCAUAUUUACCAUCAAUUUACAUUAAUUCAUUCCUCUCAUCUACUAUAUCGUUAGAAGAGGCAAAAAAUAUAACAACAAGUCUUCUUUCAUCUCUUGAAUUUGAGUCCAGAUCCACCAUUAAUCAGCUGCAAGAAAUAGUAAAUGAAAUUAUUCAACAAUUACCACAAUUGAGUUAUGAUAUUGAACUUUUACAUAACGAUAUAGUAGUUCUUUUAGAAAUAUUGAAUAAAAAAAAAGAAUAUGCAGAAACCUUAAAGAAAGGAACAGAAAAUCAUGUUAUUGAUAAUUUUUUACAUCUUGAUCUUAUAAAGAAAAGAAUUGAAGCAACUCAUUUAAUUCUAAAAGAAGCAAAAGAGUGGAAAAAUAUAGAAACAAAAAAAAAACAUAUUGAACUAUUGAUAAAGAAUAAAAAAUUUCAGGAAGCACAAAAUAUUGUUAAUAAAUUAAAGCGUCUUGUAAAAGUAUGGAAAGAAACUAAUGAAUAUAAUGAAAGAUUGGAUAUGAUUAAGGUUUUGGAGCAAAAAAUACCAGACUUCACAGAAAAAACAUGA